ACUUGUACAAUACAAGUCGACACAUCAGGUGCGGAGUCUUAAAAGCUCCAUCAGAUAGGCCUCUUCUUUUGGGCCCUGUUCAUUUUCUGGUGUCGUUGGAGUGAAUUCCUCCAGGACGGACAUGACCCAAAUCUCCCUUCUGCUAAGGAGCAUGUCUUUGACUCUUCGCCGCGGCUUCGCAGGCAAUCGUAAAGAAAGGGUUGGUUUAGCUGGGUCACCAUGGCACUAGCAAAACUCAGGCUCGCCUCUGGGACGUCUCGACUACAUACCACCGCGGAGGCUGUGAAGCGCUGGCUCAGACGCGCAUCAACAUCACCGGAUGCAACUGCGUCACAAGGAGGAAAAGUGGAUGCCAUGUUCGAAUACACAUCUGGCAGAUGGAUUUACAAUGAGCCUCUCAGAAGGAGGGAAAGGGACCUGAAGUUUGAGGUUGGAGCUCUCCGCCGUGCCAUCGCAUCCUCCGACAGCUGUGCGGAUGUAAUUUCGCUCGAAAAGUUCGCCGAGGGUGGCUUCAAUCGAAUCCUUCAGGCGACUUGCAGGAAUGGAAGACGGGCCCUGGCUCGACUUCCCUACCCGUCCACGGUACCGAGGCACUACACCGUCGCGAGCGAAGUCGCGACGAUGGAGUACCUACGGUUGAAUCAAAUACCGGUCCCGAGAGUGUAUGGAUGGUCUUCGACAGCGUCUAAUGCCGUGGGUGCGGAAUACAUCAUCAUGGAGAAACUUGAAGGAACGACGCUAGGAGAUGUUUGGCUCUCACUGAGCUUCAAAGAACGUCACAAGGUUGUCGAGCAAAUUGUACUGUUGGAGCGAAGGCUCUUUUCAUUGCAACUCCCGGCCAGCGGGAGCAUUUACUUCCCAAAUGACCUGGCUCGGCAUGAAAGGUCGCAGUCCGUCCCCUUUCAGAGUCAGGGGCAUGAGUUCUGCAUAGGCCCGAUGGCUCAUUACAGCUGGUGGCACAAAGGAAGAGAUUCGCUCGAGUGCGACCGUGGACCUUGGUGCAACUCGAAUGGCCCUUUUGUUGCGGUUGGUGAGCGAGAACUCCAGUGGACCAAGACGUUCGCAAAGCCGCGCCUACACUAUGAACGACUCUACCGUGAAGUGCACAAGUACCAAAAGAUGUCGCCACAGUCUCACAUCGACGCCAUCGACAAAUACCUAAAACUCGCAAAUUGUUUGGGGUACCGCCGACACGACCGCCUCAGUCGACCAAUCCUCCGCCAUCCAGACCUUCAACCGAAUAACAUCCUCCUCUCGGAAUCUUUGGACAUUGUUGGGCUCAUCGAUUGGCAGCAUGCAACUGCUCUCCCGCUAUGUCUAUCUGCCGGUAUACCCGAGCAUUUCCAGAACUACGGAGACCCUGAGUCGGAGCGCAUGAUCCAGCCAGCCCGCGAACUUUCACCGGAUUUUGAUGCGCUGAACCCGGAAGAGCAGGUGGCCGUGAAGCAAGUACACAUCAAGCGACUCACCCACUUUCUAUACGCAGCACUGACUCUGCGAUAUAAUGAAGAGCAUUACGAAGCCAUCUUCAACAGCGGAGUGGUCUUGCACCAACGCCUGUACAAACACGCAGGAACGCCGUGGGAGGGCGACUCGAUCACUCUUCAAGCCGAACUGAUCAAUGCGAUCCAGCAUUGGCAAGAUGUUGUUUCUUCCGGCUCAACCACAUGUGAGACCCCGCCCAUCCAGUUCUCUGAGGAAUCCACCCAGUCCAUCACAGAACUCCUCGGCCGGCAGCAAGAGAUGGACACCAUGAUGGAUCAAAUGAGGGAAACACUCAGGGUCGACGUGUAUGGUUGGGUGCCCAACGAGGAUUUCACGGCUACCAGAGAACUGGCCCAAGAUAUCAAGGAGCGGAUGGUUGCGGCUGCGGAUCCUGCAGAGAAAGAUGGGAUCAGGAACCAUUUCCCCUUCGAUGAUUUUGAUGAGGAUGGCUGAUUCGCGUCGCCUUGAGAGUCUCUCAAGAAGGUGUUCCAAUACUCCAAUCAACCGGCCUACCAAAAAGAAUUUAGAAUAUGAACGCAUAACAUCGAUAACUCCAGGCCAAAUACCAUGUCAACCCAUCCGUAGCAGCUUGUAUGAGCAGCAAUUCUUCAUCACCACACCAACGAACUGUGCAUGACCCUAUUCUUCUUCGUGGCCACUUCAGCGCCUCUUCUCAUUGAGUCUUGUCGUCUCCAUACCCGAAACUUGUUGGGCCGAUGCCUGAUUCUGCUAAACUGCUGCAGCAGUCGUUUCAAUAUCUUUUACCUGGCGUGUGAGGGAGUCUGCAGUAUUGGAUUGUAGAAGUCGAUCUUGCA